UUAAUGGAGCUACCAGCUGUUAGAAUGACGAUACAAAUAUCAAAAUGCUGAAAUUUUACUUCAGUUGUAUACGUAACAGACACGUGCGCACGUUCUUGACUAGACGUAAUUAUUUAACAUGUCUUCGUAUUAAAGUCUUUUUAUUGUAAAUUAUUAAUAUAUUAUUCUGUACAUAAUGAGCGCUAAAGUAAAAUGGAUUUAUUUGGCGGCAUUUCUAGAUUUAUUUGCAGUUAGUUUGAUAUUACCAUCAAUGGCGGCCCAUUUAAAAUCACUGGGUGCCUCGUACUUUAUGAUAGGAAUGAUGACUUCAAUUUAUGCUUCCACUCAAUUAUUAAGCGGUCCGAUAAUUGGCAGCUGGAGUGAUAAAAUCGGCAGGCAAAAACUGUUCGUAAUAACUUAUUUAAUUGUUGGUUGCUGCUAUCCACUAAUUGGAUUCAUCAAUUCCUUUUAUAUUAUUUUAUUAUUGAGAGCUACUAUUGGUAUUUUUAAACAUGGGCAAGUAUUAAUUCGAACAAUAGUUACUGAUCAAAUACCAAUAGAUAAUCAGUCUUUAUUAUUUGGACAUCUAAAAUCAAUUGCGGGAGUAAGUUUUACUCUUGGUCCAGCAAUUGGCGGUCAUUUGUCUGAACUAGAUAAAGGAUUCAGUUACGUCGCUUGCUGUACUGGGUUUCUCUUAAUAUUAAAUAGUGUAAUUGGAUACUUAUACUUAGAUGAUGUGCAGGAUGAAAAUGCAGCGUCUAAGCAGUACAAAGAUGAAUGUAAAAAAAAACCUAAAUCACUGCGAGAAGAAAUUUCCGAAGCAAUCCGCAGCCUCGCGGAAGUUAAUUGGCGCCUGUUUGGUCAAGUUUUUACAUUAAAGUUCAUUCUCGAUAUGUCAGCCGGCGUUUAUCACUCAAAUUAUAGUAUAAAGAUACAAGAACGUUUUAGCAUAACACCAAAAAUAUCUGGCUACACAAUAGCUUUUCAAAGUUUCGUUGGUGUUAUCACCGGUUUGUUCGUCGCAAAAAUUAAUGACAAAUUAUACAAAACAGACGUUGAUUAUAAAAAACGUAAUAUUCAUGGUUUUAUAUUAAUGGCUAUUGGAUACUUGGGAAUUUACUUUGCAACCAGCUUAAGUGUAUUUCUUUUAUGGACAGUAGUUUUAAAAACAAGUCACAUGUUUAUGCGCAUAAUAUUAACAGACAUGUUGAUGCGUAAAUGUCCGUCUUCGCAAACCGGUUCAAUUGCGGGUACAUCCAAUAGUGUUUCAAAUUUCGCGCGUUUAAUUACUCCAAUUAUCGCUGGAAUUUUUGAAGAUACUUGGGGUACCAAUAGCGCCAAUUUCUUGGCUGCUGUUAUUGCAAGUAUUGGAAUUUUAGUAUCAUUAAAUAUAAAAAAUAAUCAUUCAAAAACUCAAUAGAUAAAUUUAUUUUAAUUGUAUUAAUUAUAUUGUUAAUAUUUUAUAUUUUUAAAUAAAUUAUUGUAAAUAUCUUUACAUGUAAAUUAAAUAAAUUGAUAAAUUAAAUGCUCAAUAAAUGUCUAAUUUUAUUUACAUUUUAAAUCUAAAGUAAUU